GACAAGAAAAAAACGUCCUACAAUGUCGAAGGGGAGAGGGAGGACAAGCCGGUGCAGAAAAAGAAAACGAAAUAGAACUUCGGAACCAAAUGGAGUGAAUGAGAGCCACCAGCUGGAGUUCAUAGAGCUCAAGAAAUGGCUCAAAGGCCGACGGUUCGGCGGCGGUAAUUUAAGGCCUGCCCGCUUUCCAGGUACAGGCCGAGGGCUGAUGGCCACAAAGUCCCUGAAGGCAGGGGAAAUGAUUAUUUCGCUCCCCGAGGCCUGCCUGCUCACCACCGACACAGUCCUUCGGAGCCCGCUGGGGGAUUACAUUUGGAAGUGGAGGCCCCCGGUGUCCCCUCUGCUGGCGCUGUGCACGUUUCUGGUGGCGGAGAGGCGAGCCGGAGCCCGGUCCCCGUGGCAGGCGUACCUGGGGGUCUUGCCCCGGGCCUACACCUGCCCCGUCGGCCUGGACGCGGCCGUGCUCGGCCUCCUGCCCCGGCCCUUGGAGAGACGGGCCCGGGAGCAGAGGGCCGCCGUCCGGGAGCUGUGGGCGGCCUCCGGGCCCUUCUUCUCCUCCCUGCAGCCCCUGUUCUCGGAGGACGUAGAGCAGGUGUUCACCCAGGACGCCCUGGCCUGGGCGUGGUGCACCCUCAAUACCAGAACCGUCUACAUGGAGCGCGCCCAGAGGGGCUGCUUCUCGCCCGGUGCGGACGUGUACGCCUUGGCUCCGUACCUGGACCUGCUGAACCACGGCUCAGGGGCUCAGGUGGAAGCCGCCUUUAACCAGGAGACCAGGUGCUACGAAAUCCGAACCUCUUCGCCCUGUCGGAAAUAUGAGGAAGUCCUCAUCUGCUACGGCCCUCACGAUAACAGGAGGCUCCUCUUGGAAUAUGGGUUCGUUUGCUCCAACAACCCUCACAGUAAUGUCGUGGUCUCUCCAGAUGUGCUGGUCAGACAUCUUCCCUCAGGGGACAAGCAGAUGACCAAGAAGCUUUCCCUUUUAAAGGAGCAUGGAUUUUUAGAAAACUUGACGUUCGGCUGGGAUGGGCCGUCUUGGCGGCUGCUCACCGCUCUGAAGCUGCUACGCCUUGGAGCGGAUGAAUUCACGAACUGGAAGAGAGUGCUCCUCGGCGAAGUCAUUUCCGAGGCAAAUGAAACGAAGAGUCUGGCUCUGGCCGAGACCCUGUGCAGCUAUUUCCUGGAAGAGACCAGAGCCGGGCUCCAGAAGAUUUCCCAGAUGAAGGGGGAAGAGGUGGUCCCCCGGAACCAGCUGGAAUUGGUCGAAGCGCUGAGGUUGGAAGAGCUCGAGAUCCUAAAAGUGUCUGCCGAAGUUGUGGAAAGUUUGCAAAGAGCCCGAGCCCCCAGGGGCCGCGGGGGUCUUAGGUGAUGCCCUGGAACGAGCUCCGGCGUAGGUAGAGUCGUCGGCUACGUUCAUUCAUUCAUUCAAUCGUAUUUA